GAGCCAUGGCUGGCCGCGGAGCCUUCCCGCUCAGCCCGCUGCCUCCUGCCGCCGCCCCGCCGCCCCCGGGGCCCGGCCCCGCCAUGCUGAGGGGCCCCAGUCCGGCUCCGGCAGCCGCUGCCGCCCCGGGCUACCGCCCCAUGGGCCCCGCCGCCGCGCAGUACCAGCGCCCAGGGAUGCCACCCGGCGGCAGGAUGCCCAUGGCAGGGAUGCAGGUGGGACCACCAGGGGCACCUCCCUAUGGAGCAGCCUCCCCGAUGAGACCUGGGCUACCACAGGCCAUGAUGGACCCCUUCAGGAAGCGCCUGCUGACCCCCCAGGCACAGCCCCCCAUGGCUGCCCAGAGGAGAGGGGUGAAGAGGAGGAAGAUGGCUGACAAGGUCCUGCCCCAGAGGAUCCGGGAGCUGGUCCCAGAGUCCCAGGCUUACAUGGACCUGUUGGCUUUCGAGCGCAAGCUGGACCAGACCAUCGCUCGCAAGAGGAUGGAGAUCCAAGAGGCCAUCAAGAAGCCCCUGACUCAAAAGAGGAAGCUGAGGAUUUACAUCUCCAACACCUUCACCCCAGCCAAAGAAGAAGGGGAGGGUGGGGAACGUGUGGCCUCCUGGGAGCUGCGUGUGGAGGGCAAGCUGCUGGAGGAUCCCAGCAAGCAGAAGAGGAAGUUCUCCUCCUUCUUCAAGAGCCUUGUGAUUGAGCUGGACAAAGAGCUGUAUGGGCCAGACAACCAUCUGGUGGAGUGGCACAGGCUGCCCACCACGCAGGAGACCGACGGCUUCCAAGUGAAGCGUCCUGGCGACGUCAAUGUGAAGUGCACUCUGCUGCUCAUGCUGGACCACCAGCCCCCGCAGUACAAGCUGGACCCUCGGCUGGCUCGCCUGCUGGGGGUGCACACCCAGACCCGUGCCAGCAUCAUGCAGGCUCUCUGGCUCUACAUCAAGCACAACAAGCUGCAGGACAGCCACGAGAAGGAGUACAUCAACUGCAACCGCUACUUCCGCCAGAUCUUUAACUGCGUCCGGAUGCGCUUCUCUGAGAUCCCAAUGAAGCUGGCAGGGCUCCUGCAGCACCCAGAUCCCAUCAUCAUCAACCACACCAUCAGUGUGGACCCCAACGACCAGAAGAAGACAGCCUGCUACGACAUCGACGUGGAGGUGGACGACCCCCUCAAGGCUCAGAUGAGCAACUUCCUGGCUUCCACCACCAACCAGCAGGAGAUUGCUUCCCUGGAUGCCAAGAUCCACGAGACCAUCGAGUCCAUCAACCAGCUGAAGACGCAGCGCGACUUCAUGCUGAGCUUCAGCAACAACCCCCAGGACUUCAUCCAGGAGUGGAUCAAAUCCCAAAGGAGAGACCUCAAGAUCAUAACAGACGUGAUCGGGAACCCCGAGGAGGAGCGGCGAGCGGAGUUCUACCAGCAGCCCUGGGCACAGGAGGCUGUGGGCAGACACAUCUUUGCCAAGGUCCAGCAGCGCCGGCAGGAACUGGAACAAGUGCUGGGGAUCCGCCUCACCUAAGGGGCGGGCGGGGGGCCCGGGCAGCUCCCUCUCCCCUCCCCUCUCCCCGCAGCCCCCACCCCGAGCCCCGGGGCACCUCUGACUGGAAUCAAACACAGCACUUGCACAAAGCCCUACGUGCCUGGAGGGAUUCAGAGCCACUUGUACCCCCCCACCCCCACCCCCAAAGCCCCAACCCGGGCUCCCCUCGGCCAGGAAAAGCUCCAGCCACAAGCAGAGCAACAGCAGAGGGUUCCCCUACCCCGGGUUGCACCCCCCCAGCCCCACCUCUGCUGCAUUCACCCCACCCUGCUUCUGCAGCACUCAACAUGCAGCACCUCCCCCAAUUCCUGCUUGCUCCCCCACAUCUGGCCAAAAAAACAAACAACCCCAACCCCCAAACCCCCACUCCUGGAGCUGCUGCAGUGGGGAGAAAGCUGCCCAGGAGCUGCUGCCAGAUCCCCUCCUCCCUGAGCCCAGCUGCUGCCCCCCACCAAGGCAGGCUCAGCCUUGCCCCCUCUUCAUUUUCUUUCUCUCCUCUUUCUCUUUUCCCUCUCUUCAACCAAAGUCAUUUCGUUUGUGUCAUUCCAGCCCCCACCCCCCACCCCGUGGCCCCCGAGGAUGUCUUUGCACUAUUUUUUUUUUGUGACCAGGUUUUGUAGGAAAAAAAAAAGGAGAAAAAAAGAAAAACACUUAAAAAAACCCCAAAAAACCACCACCAAACCCAAGGAUUUUGUACAGGGGGUGGGGGGGGGUUUGUACCUGAGGAAUAUAUUGAGUUGCCUCGAUCUAUGCAGUGCUUUUUUGUGGUGUCCUCCCCCAAGGGCUGCUGCCUUGGCCCAAACUGGUCUCUGGGGUUGGGGUUUUGCCUCUGUACCUCUGAGUUGUGUUGUUUUUUUAAGGGUUAAGUUUGGACAAUCAGUUCAUUAGGUUCACCCCAAGCCCUCCCCCACCUCCUCCCCUCUCCCCCCCUCCUUUUUCCUGCUCUUUGCUGUCGUUAGUGACUUAUCUUGAGCUCUCAGGGGUUGGUGGAGGGGAGGGGGGGGAAAAGAAGGGGUAGCUCUGCCCACCCUCUCCCUUCCUCCCCAUCAUCAAAGAGCCUGUGGGCACGGCAGGGCUCUGGCAGUCAGCGGGCACCAAGAGAACUGGAGCUAGGGGGGGAUGGGGGCAACUGGGGAUGAGGGGAGCCGCUGAAGUGCCUUAACCCUGCUGCCCACUCCCCCUUCUCCCUGCCCCUAGGCUCUUCCCAGCUUGGGGUGGAGGGGAGAAGGGAGCUGGGGCUGUUGGAGGGGAUGGGGGAAGGGCGUUUACAUAUUGCCAGGGCUCAGGGGUGCCUGCUCUGCCUCUUGUGUAACCAUUUCUUACUUUGGGGAAUUGGUUCUUUUUUUUGGGGGGGUUCUUCUUUUGGAUAUUUUCUAAUAAAAACAGUUAGCAGCA